UGAAUGUUGAAUAAUAUGUGUGUUGAUUUCAGGAUACUGGCUAAUUCCAAACCUUGUCCAAAGGGCAAGCGGCCAAUUGAGAAAAACCAAGGCUGUAUGCAUAUUACAUGCACACCGCCUUGUAAAUUUGAGUUUUGCUGGCUUUGCCUUGGUGCAUGGUCUGAUCAUGGAGAGAGGACUGGUGGCUUUUAUGCAUGUAAUCGUUAUGAGACAGCAAAGCAAGAGGGAGUGUAUGAUGAUGCUGAGAAGCGAAGAGAAAUGGCCAAAAACUCUCUGGAGAGAUAUACACAUUAUUAUGAACGAUGGGCAACCAACCAAUCAUCUAGGCAAAAGGCACUGGCAGACCUACAGCAAAUGCAAACUGUACAUCUUGAGAAGCUAAGUGACAUACAAUGUCAACCUGAGUCACAGCUAAAGUUCAUUACCGAGGCCUGGCUACAGAUAGUUGAAUGCAGGCGAGUUUUGAAAUGGACUUAUGCCUAUGGAUAUUAUUUACCUGAGCAUGAACAUGGGAAGAGACAGUUCUUUGAGUAUUUGCAAGGAGAAGCUGAGUCUGGGUUGGAACGUCUUCAUCAAUGUGCUGAGAAGGAGCUCCAGGUUUAUCUAAAUUCAGAGGGCCCAUCAAAGGAUUUUAAUGAGUUCCGUACCAAACUUGCUGGGUUGACCAGUGUCACUCGGAACUAUUUCGAGAAUUUAGUACGAGCUUUGGAGAAUGGUUUAUCAGAUGUGGACUCUCAUGGUGCAUGCAGCAGGACAACAAACUCAAAGAGCUUGGGAGGUGGAAGCAGCAGGGGGAGAAGUGGGAGAGGCAAGGGUUCAACAUCCAGAUCAAGUGGCCCUAGCAGAAACAUUGAUGAUUCAGGCCACUGGUCAUGUGAACAUUGUACGUAUGCAAAUAUCAGGUCGGCUACCAUUUGUGCGAUCUGCCAACAAUGUCGUUAAAUUUCAUUUUCUUCACCAACAGGCCGCCCAGAUGGGAAUUAUCCG